AUGUGCAUCUCAUUCAAUUGGAUUUACGAACGUGCCGCAAAGAUGCCGUCCUUUGUGGUGCUGAAGAGAGUGGAACAUUACAUUCGCACAAAGACUUUUCCUCCCAACAGUUCGCACACGAUGCAGAGUUCCACCCGGAGAAUCAGCAAACUAUUUGUUUACAAAGAUGGGGUUCUGCUGCGGAAGUACAGAGGGCGCCUACUACAGGCCGUGAUGAGCGACGAGGAGGUGCGAGAAAUUAUGGUUCGUUUUCACGACAACAACAACCAUGCAGGGAGAGCACGCAUGGUCAGAGAGAUUAUGUCCCUGUAUUACUGGGUGGGGGUCACUGAGGCAGUGAAGUCCUACAUCAGUUCCUGUGUCCAGUGCAAAAGUCGCACGGGGAGAGAGCACUCAGAGGUGGUGAUGACCUGUCUGGCGUACGGCUGUGAUGGCUCCAGCUAUCUAUACCCUGAGCUCACCUUCCACAGCUUCCCGCGGCCGGGGCAGAGGAGGCAGCUGUGGCUGGCGGCGGCUCAAAGAGACGAAGGAUCUGUCAGAAAAGGCUCCAAACUCUGCUCCAGACACUUCCCUCCUGAAUGUUUCCAACAGAAGGACGACGACAGCGAGGAGUUGAGGCCAGAGGCUGUGCCCUCUGUCACCAUGGCAACCAAACAGGAGUCUGACUGUGAGGACCCUCUCUUUGGCUCUUCGUCUCUGGAAGACCUGCUGAGCGGAGCUACGGCCUCAGCACAAGAGCAUCAUGGGCAUCAGGAGCACCAGUACAGCCAGAGAGUCCCGGACCUGGACCAGAGAGAGACCCCAGACCUAGAGAGCAAGUCCAGGCAGAGCGCCACCUUCACCACCUACAACCACAUCGCACGGUACCUGAGCCACAGAAUCCUGCCUCCUCAGAACAAGAGGACGAAAGGAUCUCUGAGGAGGACAGCCAAACGCUUCUCCCUCAUCGACGGAGUUCUUUACUACAACUUGCGCACGCGUCAGGUCCGAGUCCCACGCAGCAGAGAGGAGGUGAUAGCCAUCCUGCAGCAGUACCAUGAUAACAGUGGUCACUAUGGCCAUGGUGCCUGCUUCAGAUCCAUGGUCCGACACUUCUACUGGUCCACCAUGAGGAGAGACCUAAGCUGCUGGAUCAGCCGCUGCUCCACCUGCUCCACCAGGUCCAAAAGGAAGUGGCUCCGCUGCAGCGUAAUGUCCUGCACCAACUGCUCCGGGCCUGUGGAGAGGAAACUGGGGCUGACCUUCCACAAUUUCCCCAUCCACAGCCCGGCUCUGCUUGCCCGGUGGCAGAAGGCGGCAGGGCGCCCCCACUGGUACCCGCACCUCUGGUCCUCCGUCUGCUCUGCCCACUUCACUGAGGACUGCUUCAACAGAGAGGGAGGGGGAGGGGAGAGACGGGAGCUGAGGCCAGACGCUGUGCCCACCAUCAAGGUCCACGGAGACAAGGGGAUCAAGAGCCGGAAUGAAGGAUGUGCAGCUGUUGAGAUGGAGGAGGACCAGGAGGAUGCCUUCUUUGCUAAGUACUCAGCGGUGCAGCUGUACAUCAGCAGCCGGACGUAUCCUCCAGGUCUCACCUUUGUGGAGAAAAACACCUUCAGGAGGUUCUGCAAGAAGUUCUUUGUUAAAGACGGUGUGCUGCACAUCCGCCUGCGCUCUCGCUCGGUGCCCGUCUUGCGCAGUCGGCAGCAGGUGAGGGAGGCGUUGACGGAGUUUCAUGACGAACUGAACCAUCUGGACUUCACCAAGUGUCUGCGUCUCCUCAAUGAGAGGUGUCACUGGAGAACCAUGCGCUCUGACAUAACUCUGUGGAUCAGCAAGUGUGCUGUGUGUCAACUGAAGGACCAGAACCACCGUCGGCAGAGAGGGAGCAGCGACUCUGAACAGAGCGACGUCUUCAGCAACAAAAGUGAAUCUGAUGCAGAAAUCGAGGUGAAAAAGGUUCAACAGAAGCUCCAGACGAAAGUCCAGACCAAGACCCCAGUUCAGCUUAAGGCUGCAUCUGCCAGAAAACAAACUCAAAACCAGGUCCAGACUCAGAGAUCAGCAGAGACCAAGGCUCAGCCCACAGUCGAUCUACACUUUCCCAUUGAGGAACUGGUACAGACACAAGUCAUCCAGAAAGUCCAAUCCGAACUUCAGGUCCAGUUCCCAAGUCCAUUCCAAAGUCCGCUGCCGAUCCUGGUUCACAUGGGGCCUCCUCUGAACCUGCAGUCCGGAGGCUCCUUCCUGCUCUCGACUUCUCACAACAUCUUCACCUCUCACAAUACACUCACCACCCAGAACGCCGUCAUGACCCCCAUCUGGGCUCAGGACCACAGACCAGUGGUCCCAAAACCAGUCCAGACUCCAGACCAGAGUUCAGUGGUCUCAAAACCAGUCCAGACGCCAGACCAGAGACCAGCGAUCCAAAAACCAGUUCAGACUCUGGACCAGACACCAGCAAUCCCAAAACCAGUUCAGACUCCGGACCAGACACCAGCGAUCCCAAAACCAGUUCAGGCCAGACCCAGUAGCGAGAGGCCCACGCACAGCAGCAGGGGGCGCCCUCUCAAAAGGAAGCACUUUGCAGAUGAGGAAAUCUCCCCCAAGAUCAGGGGAGAGAGCGGAGAUCCAAACGCCAAUGGUCAACAAGAGACUGGAGAUCCAAAUGUCAAGGGUCAAAGAGAGACUGCAGAUCCAAACACCAAUGUCCAGGGUGCAAACAUAAAUCAUACAGUACAGUACCACAGGUCAGAGGUGAAUAGGAGGGUCAAUGUGGGGAGGGUAGAGCCCAGUACAAGGAUCCAGGACGGGGAUCAGAGUGUAUCCAGGUCCAAACCAGAAACCAGCAAGACCACAGAGAUCACAGAGAUCACACAGAGAAGACGGCAGAGAGAUACCAGAACAGACAGUAUCAGAGGGCGCCCCCUGGAGGCUCGUGUGGUGGUUCAGCAGUGCGGCACAGCCAGAGUCAAAACACGACCAGGAGUCAACGGACGGGAGUCUGAGUACGCACAGAUCGGAGCCGGUCUGGUGGUUUACGUUUGUUUCUAUAAAGGAGCCACAGACGACACCACACAGAGGAUCGCGGACGCGGUCAUGCACACUCGUUUCUUCCGCUCCUCUUCUGGCUCCUCCUCCUCUCGACGCCUCCUCUCAGUGCUGGAUCUGCCGGGGGAGGUGCUGCUGUUGCCUCAGGAGUCUCUGGGCAGUGAACCUGGUCCCCGGCGAGUAAUGCAGCCUCAGCAUGUGGUGCAGGCCUGGACAGGACAGAGGCUCUUCUCCACACUGCAUUACCACUGCACACAGAUGGGGGGCGCUGUUGAGCAGGGGCUGUACGGACAGAAGCAGGAGAUCCAAAUGAGCUCCACUGACCCCAUGAGCCACGUUCUGGAGUUCUAG